GCGACAGGGCUUCGCCGUGUUGGCCAGGCUGGUCUUGCACUCCUAACCUCAGGUGAUCCACCUGCCUCGGCCUCCCAAAGUGCUAGCAUUACAGGAGUGACUCACUGCACCCGGCCUAAUCUUUCUCAUAUGUAUGUGCAGCUCACAUUUAUUUCAGUGUUUAAUAUUACGUUUUCAUUCUUAUUUAGAAGUUUGGUGAUGUUUUUGUACCAGAAACAUGGCAUUGGAACUUCACUCUUGUUUAUGUUAAUUAACCUGCGUGAAAUUGGUUUCAUCAUAUGUCAUUUUGCUUAAAGCCGUAGUUUCCCAGAGCCCGUUGACAGCAUUAGGUGAGGACUUACUGUGUCCUUUGUUGACGCACGUUGUCUCAUCAGCCAGUCUAUUAAGCACCACCCACAUGCCAAGCCCUGUGUUGGCUGCCGAAGGCCGGAUGUGAAUUGAUCAGCCUGGGUCCCCACCUUCACAGAGCUGUGUCCUCAUCCAUUGACAGUGCGCGGUGGGCAGCGCUGGGGACGCCAACUGGGAGGGAGGAAGGAAGUCAGUACAAAGGCCCAGAAGUCUGAGCCUUCCCAACCAAGGAACGCGAGUGUCCUGAGUGGGUGGAGAGGGUGAGGGAGGGACGGAGGCAGCUGGGCCGGCAGGCUGCAAGAAGCCUUCCUCGGACACCCUCUCCAGGCUGGGAGACCCUCUCCAGGACUGGAGCCAAGCAGAGAAUUCCCAUUCCCAUUCGGAUGGCCCAUUCUGGAGGGAGGAGGCCGUAGCUGCCACGCCUGAGUGAAGCCAUGCCAUCCACACACACAGGCACGUGGACAGACACCGAGUACAGCCCUCCUGCCUGGGGCCUGCCUCUGCCAGCACAGUCCCCUCCUGUGUGGACCCUGGCCUACCCUUCAGACACUACAUUGGCUGCCACUGUCCUUCCUGAGCACCCAAAGAUCUGCCUGUUCUGAGCUUCCACGUGUACCCCCAGGGAUCUCGGCCAAUAUUAUAAGGGACAGAAGAUGAGCCUGUCGGUCCUGGAGGGUAUGGGGUUCCGCGUGGGCCAGGCUCUAGGCGAGAGACUGCCCCGGGAGACGCUGGCCUUCAGGGAGGAGCUGGAUGUCCUCAAGUUCUUGUGCAAAGACCUGUGGGUGGCUGUGUUCCAGAAGCAGAUGGACAGCCUGCGCACCAAUCACCAGGGGACCUACGUCCUGCAAGACAACAGCUUCCCCCUCCUCCUUCCGAUGGCCUCUGGCCUGCAGUAUCUGGAGGAAGCGCCCAAGUUCCUGGCCUUCACCUGCGGCCUCCUGCGUGGCGCCCUCUGUACCCUGGGCAUUGAGAGUGUGGUCACCGCUUCCGUGGCAGCCCUGCCCGUCUGUAAGUUCCAGGUGGUGAUUCCGAAAUCCUAAGCCCGCCCUGCACCUGCCGAGCCGCACUGCUGCCCCCAGUCUCACCGGCCUCAGGAGAAGGCGGCUGCAUUGGGCCCCAGGCUGCUGCAUUUGGGGGUGGUGUUGGGGCUAGUGCUGGGGAUCCCAGGCCCUAGGGGUCACAUUUACUCAGGAAGUGGGUAUCAAAGCGAGGUGGGGGUGUCACAGGAGGCAAAGGGGUCCCAACUGCGGUCAGGACUGGGGUGGGAUUCCUGCCUGCCCAUUGUCCAGCAGCUGUUCAAUAAAGGCUGUGUGUGUGGAAUCUGA